ACUGCAGCUGGAUUGUGUUUGUUCUCUCCAUCAGAUUCCUGUCAACUCACAAUCGACACAAACACAGUGAACACAAAGCUCCAACUGUCUGACAACAACAGGAAGGUGACACGUGUGGACGAGGUUCAGUCAUAUCCUCAUCAUCCAGACAGAUUUGAUCUUCUUCCUCAGCUGCUGUGUAGAAAUGGUCUGACUGGUCGCUGUUACUGGGAGGUCGAGUGGAGAGGAGCCGUUUAUAUAUCAGUGAGUUACAGAAGAAUCAAAAGGAAAGGAGACAGAGACUGUGUGUUUGGAUUCAAUGAUCAGUCCUGGAGUCUGUGGUGCUGUAAUGGUCAUCCUCAGUCUGUCUGUCACAAUAACAAACACACACCCAUCUCCUCCUCCUCCUCCUCCUCCUCCUCCUCCUCUGUCUCUAACAGAGCAGCAGUUUAUGUGGACUGUCCUGCUGGCACUCUGUCCUUCUACAGAGUCUCCUCUGACACUCUGAUCCACCUCCACACCUUCAACACCACAUUCACUCAAACUCUUUAUCCUGGGUUUACGUUCUAUUCUCCUGGUUCCUCAGUGUCCCUGUGCUGAGUGUAAAGAGUGUCUCCUGUUAGAGAAACACUCUGACUGUUGAACAGUUCAGUCUGUACAUGUCUGUCUCUUUCACUCACAAACACGUUUUCAGAUUCAUGGAUUCAAUCAGUUGAUGUUUGAAAGUCUUCUAAAUGAUUCCUUAGUUUGUAUGAACCUGAAAACUGUGACAUCCUGGUGAAGAAUCUGCUGGGAUUCGGU